CAAGCCCAGUAUAUAAUUCAGCACUGUAAUUACGCAGAGGAACGUGAAUCUUUGCCAAGAAACGGUUGGAACGAUGGGACUCUUGUAUCUGUUCGCGUUGUUUUCUUUGAUUUCAGGUAAUGAUGGGACGUUGGAUAUGACCGCUCUCUCACAGCAAGUCAACUGUACUGAUCCACAGUCUAUACUCGUAUCUGGACAGAAGUGUCUUGAUGAGUACAAUAUCCCUCUCAAAUUGCCUUCCAUUGCCAACUUUUCCGUUUUGCCUAAACUGAUAACCCCGGCAUAUUUAGCCGAUAUAUGCAGGAAUGUUGAUGCUUACGAGAAGACGCAAGUGUGUACGGAAACUAUACUAGCUAAAUGUAACACCAGUACGCCUCUAACACGAGCGGACUAUAAGAAAAUACAAGAAUAUGUCUGCGCCAACUUGGACAAAUUCAACAUAACCUGCAUGUUCGAAAUGGUGUCUAAAAUUGGGGACUGCAGCUCUACCUACAACUACUUGACUACCAGCGAUUUUAAUAAACUCAACUUUGCAGAGUUUAACCACAAGGCAACUUGCAUGACAGAAAAGAUGUCAUCGAUCUGUGUCCGGAAGUACCUGCCAGCUUGUGGCCAGGUCGCACUCCACAUCUUCAAUGCAUACCAGCCAAACAACACAGAAUGCCUAACACCCAACAGCUUCGACACACCCACCGUGGACUGUUCCACCACUGACAACAUCCGAAGUAGCUACCAUCAAUGCUUUAUCUACAACGGGAUACCGUUCCAAUUCCCGGAAAACCUAACCAGUGAAGACACUAGCCAGCACAUUAUGCGCGCUAUUACAAUGGAUGACAAUAUGUGCAGUAAUCUGAAGGACUACCAACAGGCAGUGAACUGUACUCUGCAGGUACAGAAGCAAUGCAGUGAUGACGCGAUGAAGCCCACGGUGGCCGACUCCAAGACAGUGCAGGACGGCUUGGCCAAACUCUGUGGUCAUAUCGGGGAUUUCGACACCAAGUGCGUUCAAAAUACACCCAAAGGAACCUGCCGCAGUAGACGCCCCGCUUUGGAUCCCAAACAUCUGUGCGCCGCCGCUAGUGCCACCCAGAACUGUCUGGUGUCAGCGGUGAGCAGCUGCAGCAAGACGACCGUCAGCAUGUUCAAGGACGCCCUACUUAGCCAAUCCCCGUCUAUGUGUCUAAAACAGGCCACUGGGUCACCAUUGAUUGGCUAAUCUACAUCGUCACACAAUCGCGAUUGUAUUGCUGUUGAUAGACAAUAUAUACAUUCAAGUAAACACAUGAAAUGUA